CCAGUUUCGUCCCUCAGAAAAUGAUAAAAAACGUGGCCUCGUUUUAAGGAGAAGGUGCCAAGCGCCGGCCUGGGCGGCGAAAUCAUCCCGCCGCGCCACCCGCCUCCGCGGGAGCAGGGAGGAGCCUGGAAAGGGGCUCAAAUGGGCCAGAGAAAGGGAGGCGGUCCUUAAGAGCCGCGGGAGCUGCGAAGGGUUUCCCGUGGGCCGAGAGGGAGGCCGCGCGUAUCCCAAAGAAGCAACAAGAGGAGGGCGACGGCCAGGAAGAGGACGAGGAGGCGGAGUUUUUCCGGCGCCCGCCCUGGCCCUCGGCCGCUGGCUGCGCCCAGUCUGGGAGUCCGGGCGAGUGCCUGGCGCGGUGCUGCCCGGCGAUGGCCUCGAUGGCGGCGGCGAUCGCGGCGUCCCGCACGGCAGUCAUGAACGGCAACCGGCCGCUGGACGAGCGGGAGCGUAAGCGCUUCACCUACUUCUCGUCGCUGAACCCCAUGGCGCGGAAGAUCAUGGCGGAGAAGGAGCGGAUCCGCGAGCGCUACGGGCCCGAGUGGGAGCGGCUGCCGCCUCGCCAGCAGGACGAGAUCAUCGAUAAGAGCCUGGUGGGCCCCCACAUCCAGGCCCGGUAUGCGGCGCAUCGGGGGGCCGCCCAGAGCACUCCGCCCCCGGUCUGCUACCCGAACCUGCGCCUCAACACCGGCCAGAAAGUGGUACAUUUCGGAGACGAGGAUAUCACCUGGCAAGAUGAGCAUUCUGCUCCUUUCUCCUGGGAAACGAAGAGUCAGAUGGAGUUCAGCAUUGCUUCUUUGUCAGUACAAGAGCCAAGUGGUGUGACAUCACAGAAUGAACAGAAACAACCACCAAAAACUGCUCCAGCCCCUCCGGCCUCCAAACCCUCCCAAGGUGUCAAAACACCUGGCUCAGAUGGGCUGGUACAAGCCAGGAAAGAAGAGGAAUCCUCUUUCUGGAAGAUCAAUGCUGAGCGCUCCAAGUGUGAAGGAGAGCAAACCCAGUUCUAUUCACUCACUCCAAGCCAGAUCAAAUCCAUGGAGAAAGGCGAGAAGACCCUCCAGCCUUAUUAUAGGCAAGAGUCUGGUCCCAAAGAAGUGACAAAAGCAGAGAAGCCUGGCGCUGCUAAAUCGGAAAACGUGGCUACCCCAGGCCUGGCCGUGACAUCGAUAGAAUGGGAGAAACUUCAACCCAGCCCACCUUCAGUUAGUGCCCUUGACGCUCAACCUGACCCUGUGGAAAAAUUGUCAUCUACUGAUACCAAAACUGAAGACACGGAUACUGGUUUCCUUUCUGACCUGCAGACACUUAGUCAGAGCAAUACAAGUAAUGUCAUCUUGAAGACAGGAUUUGAUUUUCUAGACAACUGGUAAACUAGAAACCUACAAUCGCUGCAGCACAGUUUUGGAGUCAAAAAAGGAACAUCUCUCUCUUUCAACUUUUUUUGCAGGGGAGGGGUCGUCAUUAUUUUGUUUCCAUACGGGCUUCUAUGUGUUCUUUUUGAAAAGUAAUUUUUUGAGCUCUUUUAAAAUGUUGCCAUUAUACUAACUUUUUGUAAAACCAGAUUGUAUUUGUAUUUUGAAAUGGUCACCUGCUAGAAGUGUGAUGAUGAUGAUGAUAAUGAUUAUAGUGAAUUGUCAUGCUGGAGAUGGGUGCGAAUAUGUUUUCUUACAAAUGUAUGUAUAUUAAAGACAAGGUGGGGGAAACUGACUACAGGAGUUAAAAAUACCUAGUAGAGGCAUCCAUUUUCCUAUUGUAGACUAAUUAAAACAGCUAAUGGGCUCUAACAUGAAUUAUUAUGAAGAAAAGAACCAUUUGUAUAGAGGAAAGGUUUAGGCUUACGAAAACAAAGAUUAAAUACGAAAAUACAUCUUAUGUUAAAUAAAUCAUACAAAAAAUGCAAGAGCAUCUUUUACAUCCUUCAGUUUUUGUAAUAGGUUUGUAUAAUCCAACUUAUUUCUGUUGCUGCUUCCCAGUGUGCAAAAGUGUGAGCGUCACUCCUGUGAUACUGUGGCAUGAAAGAUUCUUAGAAUGGGAACAGCUUUGUCUGAAAGAGGUGUUCAAAGCAAAAGCAUAGGCAUACAGUAUGUGGAAUAACAAUUGUCCAUAAGUGAAGCAAAUUAAAAAGGUGGUGUGAGAAGCACAUAAAAAUGUUGGCGAUAUAUAGGACAAUGCUGGGGUUUUUUUUUAUUCUUAAUAAAUUAAAAAACGCUAGGUACAAAGAACUUGGUGUAGAUAAUAUAAUGCCAGAAGGUUUAUCUUUCUCAUGGCAUCAAAUGAUGUGAUAAUGGAAUUGAAUUGGUGUCCCACAUUGUCUCCCCUUAUCCCCAAAAUUCUUCUCUGUCCUUUCCCACAAAUAUACUGUUUAACGCAGAGCGUAGUAAGCUGUUCUGUGUUAAUAAUAAUGGCAUCUUUUCAAGACAUGAAAAUUUCUGGUGCUAUAUGUGGAAACAGAAAUCCAGGAUGUCAUACAGUUAGAUGUGCUAUUUUUGUUGCUGAUUUUACUUACAGGGAGUUCUUUAUAUAGGGGGAUGUUCAAAUAUGGUAUUCCCCACCUGUAGCUUGAAAAUGGUAUAGUCCAACCUACCACCUCAGGUUUCUGCCGCCUUCUCUUUACUAUAUAUGUCAACCAUGUUUCAUUCAUGUUUCACACAUGAAUAGUAAUGUUGUGUAACUUGAAAGUGCAUCUGGAAAUUGGAUCAUAGUUUUCUAUCUUCAUUCAGUUGUCCCCACCACCUUCAAGCCUUAAUUCCCUUUAACGCACAAACAGUGACCCUUCUGCUUUCUAAUCCUGAGGACUUGGAUUCCCAGUGCAUUGGCUCAGUCUAGUGGAUUAUUGUGUGCAGUGUCAUCCAAAACCAUGCAGAGUCCAAAAGGCUGUAUUGGAUGUGGAUGAUGGGAGAUGUGAUCCACAUCUUUAGAGUACCAGGUUGGAGAAGGCUGCUGUAGGACAAAAAGCAAAGCACACCACUGCUUUUUUAAGGUCAGUUACCAGUAGCCUCCUCCAUAACAACCAUAAGAUCAUAACAACAUUAAAGAUUUCCAUUAUUUGCACCUUUGAGUAGUAUAAAUUAAAACCUAAAGAUUCAGGUUAUAGCUACAUGAAUUCUGUUUCACUCUUUUCAUUUUUAGUCUACUUGCUGUAUUCGUAUACUGCUGUCUUACUUGCACUCUGCAGCCAAUGUAUUUUGCUAAAAUUGCACCAAUUAACUCUUUAUUCCAAAGAUGUGCUCAUUUGUUUUAAUGGGAAAUAAUAAAAUGGAGGGGAGAGCAGCAGCAAAGUGACCUCUGAGGAAAAUGUUGGUUUUAAUAGCUGAAACUAUGUAGUCUCUUGUUUAAAUCCUCACUUUUGCAGGUGUAAUAGAUACUGGUGUCUGUGAUUAAAAAAUUGAAUGGAAGGGGAAUUUUGUAUAUCUUUAAACACUUAGGUAUGUGCUGGACACUUUCUGGGGAACAUGCGUUCAUUUGUUGCUCUUUGUUUGAACGUUUAGAGAUACAUCUCCUCUUCACAAUGGAUUGGAUCUGGGCAUAGCCAUACUUAACAUAAAUAUCUUGAAAUUAGUGGAAUUUAAGUUCGUCUCUGUUGGUUUCAGUAGGUCCCCACAGAGUAUGACUAAGUCUAGGUCUAGCUGUCUUAACAUCUUUAGUGCCACACAACUGGUGCUGUGUAGGCACCAUCAUUGGCUUGUGAGGGAAGCAGUGGGCAUAUUCUCAUCUAGAUUUUGGUCCAUAAGCUACCCCAAAUGUUCAUAUGAAUUGACUCUUGUUUGUAAGUGCUGAUGAUAAAUUGACACUCCUGGCAUAGUUUGACUUGUAUUACCAUCACUUCCAAACAGCAAGAGACUGAAAACAUUUUAACACAAGAAGAUCUCUAUAACUUUCUGACUGUCCUGUUUGUUGUUUACAGUUUGCCCCCAGUCCUUUUAAUAUUGUGAAAGAUGCUCAGCUUUUU